GUCACUCGGCAGCCUCGGCACUCGCGCGUAACUUCUCGCGGAGCGCGCAGCGCGUGAAGUUUGCCGCUUAAUCACACGUUGUUGUUAGUGGCGGACGGGAUCGAGUCGGCUUCCACUCGCUCGUGUCCCUCGAGACCCGUGCGGGAGCGAGCCGCGUCGAGGUGACUCCUGAACAUCGCGCAUCCUCGAGGCUUCCUCUCGUGACGGGACGCUCUCCGCGGACAUGCCCACGCUGAUGCAACCGUCCGACAUCUCACUGGUGAGCGACGAGGUCGACGAGACGGACGUCGGAUUCGAGCGAGGCGUACUGAUGCAUCAUCAGGAUCCGCUGCACCACCAGGAUGCGACGCAGAGCCGGGAGCGCAGCAAGUUGCUGCUGCGCAAGCUGAGCCAGACCUGCGAGCGGGAGCGCGGCAAGGAGCGCGAACAGGAACGCGAGAGGCUGCAUCAGUUGCAGUCGAUCAACAAUCUGCUGCUCGACCUACCGACACCUCCGUCGCCGUCGCACCUCCCGACUUUCUCGCAGGACGUCUCCUCCUCGUCCCAGUCGGACAAGAACGCCAGUACCGACGGCGACAGUGCGAUCUCGGAUAUGUUCGGGUUGGGCUUGCCUCGAGGAUCCCUGAUGGGAAACCAAUCGACGAUCGGCUCCUCCUAUCGUAACUAUCAAUACGGUAAUUACGACCAAACGCAGGGAUCCUCUUCACAACAACAUGAGUGUCAUCGGAAUCACGGCUUCUGCUCAAAUACCUCAGGUCUGGAUAUUCCGAGCUCACCGAAUUCGAUGACCACUCCCGGCAGUCCGAGCACACCCGGCAGCUUCACCUCAGAUCCUUACAGUUACUCGUCCACUGCCAGUAAUAGCACGAACACGCCGUCCUCACCAACUGGCCGACCGUCAUUCCAAUACCCGGGCUCUUCGUCAUCGCCCACUGAUUCGUAUUUCGGCCGUCCUAUACGAGGCUGCUCUACACCAUACAGUGAUUGUGGCAGCCCAACAUUAGAGUUCUCUCAUCUUCUGGGAUGUAACGGCUCGCGUUCCAACUCACCAGCAGACUCGGAGACAAGCGGUAUUGGUAGCGCGGAUGGCUCUUUAUCCGACAUAAUAAUGAAUUGUUUGUCGCUGAAUUCCUCGUCGAAUUCUUGCUUCCCGCCGUCCCUGGACUCCAUAAUGUCGAAGACAAACACGUGCCCGAGCAACAGGACGGCGUUCGAGCGUAUAGCUGUAAAAAAAUACUUAUCGUCGUUACAACAGAACUCAACGAGCUCGCAUUAUUACCAGCAUCAUCACGGACUCGGGCAAAAUCGCAGCAAUUUUCUCAAUUCUCUCUUGAGUCAUGAGAAAAAUUGCUGUACCGGUCUUGGAAACGCCGCGCGUAGAUUGGCCCAACCAGUGUCGCUUGAUCGGGUAGCGAGAUCCCACCGAAAUGCCGCUGCACAUUGUUAUCCAACGUGCACAUGGAGCGGUUUUCUGCCUCAAAGUACCGAGGAGCCAGUCGCUUACUCUCCCAAGGUUUUUCUAGGAGGUGUACCGUGGGAUGUCACAGAAGCUAUCCUGAUUUCAACAUUUAAACAAUUUGGGCCGGUUCGCGUAGAGUGGCCUGCAAAAGCACCGUCCGCUCAGCCGAAAGGAUACGCUUAUAUUAUAUUUGAAUCAGAGAAACAGGUCAGGGCAAUGUUGUCUUGUUGCACCCACGAUAUUACUAAUGGAAGAAGAUGGUAUUAUAAAAUUAUAUCCAAGCGUUCAAAACCGAAAGAUGUACAAGUGAUUCCAUGGAUUCUCGAGAAUAGCAACUACAUCAAAUCUUCAUCGCAGAGACUCGAUGCACACAAAACGGUAUUUGUUGGCGCGCUACACGGAAUGCUAACGGCCGCAGGAUUGGCGAAAGUCAUGGAUGACCUUUUCCAUGGAGUUAUUUAUGCAGGUAUCGACACGGAUAAGUAUAAAUAUCCAAUAGGGUCCGGCCGUGUUACAUUCAGUACGAAGCAAUCGUAUUUUAAAGCGAUCACAGCUUCAUUUAUAGAAAUUAAGACUGACAAAUUUACAAAAAAGGUACAAGUCGAUCCGUACAUCGAGGAAUCGAUAUGCUCCGUAUGCGUUGUGCAACAAGGGCAUUAUUUCUGCCGCGAUGUGGCAUGCUUCCGAUACUUUUGCCGCAGCUGCUGGCAAUGGCAACACUCCGUGGAGUCUAUGUCACAUCACACACCUCUGACGCGGAACUCAAAGACGAAUCAAGUGAUAGGAUUGAAUCCGAAUUUCGGAAUGAACAACUGUCCCCGUAUGUCAAAUGCGACGAUGAUGUAAAGGAGGCGACGUGCGAAAAGAUCUUGUACGCGCGGCGCUUAUACGCGGCCGGUAAAAUUGCUUUUUGUUCGCGCGGCCGUCGUCUUCCUUCUCCUUUUUGUUCCUUUUUGACUCUACCGGUUAAACCGACGUUGCGCCGCCCGAUUUAGAACAUCGGGUAACAGGGUGCAGACUUAGUUUUUAUCGCGUAGCCGCGGACAGCUUAGGACUAGUCCGACGAUACGGGGACACGCCGAUUCAUACCGCCGAUUUGAGCUUGCGAACGCGCAACGAUUGGUUCAUUAUCGUUACCGUGCGUGCGAAAGGACAAUAUGAAUAUUGAAAAUCGUGUUUGUUCCAAAAGAAGUUCCUAUUGCGAACGCAGUUUUUACUACGUUCGAGAAAAAACGAUAUACUUUUAUUUAGUACGAGUUUCACUUGGAGAGACAGGUUCUCUUAUAGAUUUUUUUUUAUUGCUAAAUAAUACUAUCGUGCCAAAACAGUAGAUGCUAGAUUAUACCCGGGAUCGUGUAUUACGCACAAUGUACACACACGUGUAUACACAUUUUUUUUUUCGUUAGAGUCGUGAGAGUUGUAUUGUGGGCUUUCACAGUGACAAUAAUUUUUUACGCGAAACGAUAGGGCUCCGUCAUGGCAAUUUUGAGCUGGGCUCAAUGAAACACGUAGAAUUCUCAGGAAAUCUAUGAUAGCAUCGCCAUCAUAAUGCGUUUAUCGUGUUAAAAAAUAUUACGCUUAAUUAUGUAUUGUUACGAUAAUGCUAGAAGAGAUUAUUCUGAAGUGGCGAGAUAAUAAUUAUGCGAUAAUUAUUUGUCAUUGCUACACUGCGCGUGUGAUCCGAAUAGUAAUGUGAUAUAACGGGAGACUUACCGUGGAUGUACCGUAUAACUCGCCGGUCGUUCUUCCAUUACGAUACUUGUCAAUAACGUUAAACAUUGUUAAUUUUACGUUAGAUUACAAUGUAUCUCUACAUUUGGUUGCGGUGUAACGCAAACGCGUGUUGCGUUAUUGACUGCGAUCGACUGGAUUUUUGUAUUAUUAGCCGAGGCGAGCGGCUGUCACAGGUAUUUCGCUCACAUGGACUGUUUAACGGUUGACGAAAUGGAGAAGUACAUGGUCUACGAUUCUGGCGCGGAUUGUAGGAGAAUUGAGUCGUUUUUAUUUUUUUUCUUUUUUUUCUUACUAUGUACAAUUGUGUUGCACCUCUUCUUUGAAUAAGGUUCAUCCUUCAUUCACGUUUUUCCCGUUUUGAUACGAUUUUGUUGAAUUAAAAAACCAGAUUUUUGCAGAUA